AUGGGCGGCAGCGACAGAGUCGAAACGGCCGCCCUCGUUAUCUCGCUCGUGGCGUUGAUAGGAACAUUCCUACAAGUUGCCCAACAGUACUUCGCGUCUGCCACAGGCUACGCCAACUGUAAAAAGAGUCUCUCCGGCGGCUGGCUCGCAAAGGUACAUCGCAGGUUCCGCCUUUUAGAGCUUCGCUUCGAAGUCGAGUUCGAGACGCCCGUGAUAUUCGUCUGUAAGCCAGACAACAAGAGAGGUCCCGUGCAGGGCGCGGAUAUCCUCUUCCUGACACAUAAAGAGAAGAGCAAAAUUGAAGCCGGGAUCUGGACGUCCAAGGAUCAAAAACAGGAGAGACAACGUCAGAUUCAGCACAACCGCGUGCACACGGCCGAUAACGAAGAAGCCACCUGGCUUAAGCUUUUGCGAACAAUUCACGAUAUGGAGAAGACCAGCGCCGCAUGGGUCCAAGAUCAUCACGAGAAGUCACGCGAAAACCAGUUGGGCCCGAUAAAAACAUCAAACAAGAUCUUCCCCAGACCAAAACACAGCUUGGUUGUUGCCCUUCAGGCCAAGCCCCAGAGUUGGGACAACAUGCCCACCAGUGUCAAAAAACCAUUUGCCACCACUACCAUGUGCCACAUAGUCGAAAUCGCCGCCAUGAUGGGGAUCUACUGGAAGGAGUUCGAUCGAUCAAGGGACAAAUACCGCGCUGAAGGCAACGGUUUCAUGCUGACUGGUAGCACCGUCGCCGACCUCGGCCUCUGCUUUACCUUUCAGAUUUGCGGCAAGGCCCGCUUUCGAGAGAACAGAAUCAUACCUGUGGAUGGCGUCAAGUCGCUGUGCUUUGGGUAUGUUCCUACGUUAUUCCAGGAGGAGGAGGACAUCCGCAGAAUUGAUGCCAAGGAUCCCGAUGAGCUCCAGUUUGGCAGUAUGCUGGAAAUUGCUGAGACCAUGGUCGCGCUCAAAUGCAAUACCAACACGGCCAACUACUUCAAGACAUUAUUUCAAGGUGCCAAGCACCAACACCUAUUUGCAGUUCCUUUCGAGAUCAUCGGCAUGCUUGGCAAGUCCCUCUAUAAGGAGAACAGCUACUACCGCAUGCUCCCAAAUCCUACUCCGUAUACCUGGGACGAGAACUUCUUCAACCUUUCUCAGCUCAUUCAAGAAUACGAAAAACGGAUCAAGGAAAGGGAGCAGACACCUCAGAUUAAAGUCAUCACAGACCUGGCCGGAAAGGUCUUGAAGCAAUUGGACGGUGACAGAUUGGACGUCAAACACAGAGAAGAGGAGAGGAACAGAUUGAUCGAACAAGACAAACUGGAAAUGGAGGAUCGAAAAGCUGAAUGGCUAAAAAAGAGGGAGAAGAGGAAGGAGAUCGUCACAGUAAAAGCUGAGCUGACAGGGGCACAUGAACCCAAAAGGAAGCCUACUGGUUGGUUCCCGUGGCAGUCACCGAAGAAACGAGCACGGACAACCUUGGAGCUGGCACAAUGGCGAGCUGCUAAUCCAGACGAGCAAGAGGAGGAAGACGACGAAGACGAAGAAUUCCAAGGAGAUAAGAAAGAUCGGCCCCCGGUUGUGCCUGGGUAUUAUCUUCCUCUUCUCAAUACACUGCAUCAAGCCAUUGAGACGUGCGACGUGUACUUGAAGAAGUGCGUGCCUCGCGAUCUUCUGGAUCUUGUUGUUCGUGAGCAUAUUCAAGAAGUGCUCAGGAUCAUCAAUGUACCAGAAACGGAGUCUCAGAAGGACGAUAGCGCACAACCACCCGAAGCGAGAGAUGAGACACCGAAAGACGGGAAAAAGCCAACGCCACAGACAUUCUUUGAACAACUCAGCGCUGCCAACCCAGAAGAUAGGCAGGGCAAGUUUAUGGACAGGUAUUUUGAUCAAGUCCUCCCCUGGGCAACCGGACGUGCUGUCGAAUCUUUCAACAAACUCAAGCCAUCUAACGAGGCGGGCGCAACGAUUGCGGACACCAAAGAGGCACAGGAAACCUGGUGCACUCUGGUCUUCAGGAUGUUGUGCUGGCUGCAAUUACAUGACUUUGACAACAAGGACAAGCAAGUGGAAUUCCCAAAGAGCGGGCUCAGAGGCAAUCGGCUUCCUGUUUUCAUCUCCUAG